AUGCGAGGAGGAGUAGACAGGUGGGCAGAAUUUGUGGGGGUGAGUCAGGAGCGUUUGCCUCCCAUAGCAGCUGCCAAAAGGCUGCCUGAGAAUGCACCCCACACAGAGGCCAGUGCCUACAUGGGAGAGAAUAGGGCACUGAACCUCAACUUGGGUGGCAACUCAAGAGAAUUCCUGAGUUUUGCUGAUGACUUACUCUCUGGCCUGGGCACAUCUUGUGUAGCAGCUGGUCGAAGCCAUGGAGAGGUCCCUGAAGUCAGUAUCUACUCGGUCAUCUUCAAAUGCUUGGAGCCUGAUGGUCUCUACAAGUUCACUCUGUAUGCUGUGGAUACACGGGGCAGGCACUCAGAGCUCAGCACCGUGACCCUGAGGACAGCCUGUCCAUUGGUGGAUGACAUCAAGGCAGAAGAGAUAGCUGACAAAAUCUACAACCUGUACAAUGGGUACACAAGUGGAAAGGAGCAGCAGACUGCCUAUAACACACUGAUGGAGGUCUCAGCCUCAAUGCUCUUCCGAGUCCAACACCAUUACAACUCACACUAUGAAAAGUUUGGUGACUUUGUCUGGAGGAGUGAGGAUGAGCUGGGACCCAGGAAGGCGCAUCUGAUCCUGCGGCGGCUGGAGAGGGUGAGCAGCCACUGCUCCAGCCUCCUGAGAAGCGCCUACAUCCAGAGCCGUGUGGACACUGUGCCCUACCUUUUCUGCCGCAGUGAGGAGGUCCGGCCUGCAGGCAUGGUGUGGUACAGCAUCCUCAAGGACACCAAAAUCACAUGCGAAGAGAAGAUGGUGUCCAUGGCCCGAAACACGUAUGGGGAGUCCAAGGGCCGGUGAGGGAGGGUUCCACCCUCCAUGAGCACAGAGACUCUCCUAUGGGGAGCAGUAGUCUUGAGGAUCCUGGGGCCUGGGUGGGCUGGGGGCCAGCUAAAGGAUGGGCCUGGCAGAUGAAACUUGCCAGCAAGGCCAAAGCAAACUGUUUCUCCUGUGGGUAGUGGACAGAGGACUUUGUAAUCAAUAGAAUUAUUCAUUUUCCUCUAUCUUUUAUUUUUUCUAAAAUAUUAUUUGACUCUCUCAAAUGUCUCUCCUUUUUAAAUCUUUUCUUAUGAAUGGCAGUCAAUGGGGAGGCAGGAGCUUUCAGGUGGAGACCGAGCGGCC